UCCCUAGGUAAGAUCAUGAUUGUGUCAGUAAUAAGCGGUGAGUUGAACUGUGAUAUUUCCAGCUGGAGUUUCUGAUGUAAACUCCUCAGAGAUGUUCAGGUCAACAGCUCUGUUUCAACAACAGCCUGAAGGCUGAAAAGAGAAACAAACAGAGAAGCUGUGACAUGGUUGAAAACAUCUCGUCACCUGCUGCCACUGAUUCUUUGUUCUUCACUGUUCAGAUAUGAAGCAGAAUAAACUCCAGCCACUGGUUUCACUUAUUUUCAGCAGAAAUCUUCUACAAAAGCCAUGAAGCAUCAGCUUCCUUAGACUUGACUCUUCACCCACCGUCCUGAGGAAGGGUAACGGCUUCUGCCUCAGCAGCCAACUCCUGGUGGGCCUUAAGUCGUUCAUGCCAGUGGCUCCAUGUGUUCAAGGUUUUCAUUUCUGCAGACUCAUAUUUAUGAGGCUCUUGUGGAUCAACAGGUCUAAGAUGCUGAGCUGCUUCAGGUGUUAAAAGCUACAGUAGCCUUGUUGUGUUCAUUAACAACCUCACCUUCAUCGUCUGUGCAAUUAGUGGUGAGCUGCAGCUGUGAGUAGCGGCCUCCAGGGGCCUCCUGCGUCCUACCGGGCCCUUCCUGGUAAACACAGAGCAGACUGGGGUUCAAGACUUGGUUCAACGAUGCUACAGCCCAGAAACGAUCGUAGGGAUUUACUACAAUGGCCAGACGAUGAGACUGUACAUGGACCACCGAGACAGCAGACUGGACAUCGAUCAAACUCAACAUUAUAGACAUUAUAGUCAUUGUCUGCUGAGUUUGGGCCAAGAACAACCUCAGUGUCACAGUCCAAGGCAGUAGAUCAAACCGAUAUAAGAUUAAUGAACAGCUGCUGAUGUUUAGUAGCUUGAUGUUCUGAGACGUUUGGCCUCAGACUCUUCAUUCUCAGUUUAUCCUCUGGUAUCUCAACAUAUGCUGGAUGACUCCAACUGACAGGAUCUGGGGACAAGUUGUUUUUCCCAGAUCAAAGGUUCACUAUUAAAUUAAUGCUGAGCUGCUGCCGAAUUCAUUCACUGACCAAACACCUGCAGCACUAUAAGCCUGAAUGAACCAGGGGCAUAGAAUUCAGAGGUUUAGCUCAGUGACAGGUGUAGCGCAAACAGCAGCAGGUCACGAGGGAAACCUGGUUGUCCUGGCGGGAACUCUCAGAGGGAAACACACAAAGCGACAAGUCGUGAGCAGCCGAGGGAAAGAAGAUCAGACGGACGAAGGAGCCAACGACCUGGGACGAUGGCAGAGAGUCCAGCAGCGGCGGCGGAUGUCAGCCUUCAGCACGUCCUGAGAGGACGGGUGGACGGAGCAGAGUGGACCAGGACCAGCUCCAACAUGAUCCGGGUUUUCAUCAGCUCUGCCUUCACAGAUAUGAGCAGUGAGAGGAAAGCUCUGCUGGAGAAGGCCUAUCCACAGGUCCUGUCCUUCUGCCGUAGCCUGGGCCUGGUGUUUGAGGUGGUGGAUCUCUGCUGGGGAAUUCGAAACGUCCCAUCUGGAGACCAUGAGUCCUGGGAGAUUUUCCUGCAGGAGAUUAAAAGAUGUAAGAAGAUUUCAGCCGGUCCAGCUUUUAGUGCUCUGCUGGGGAGCCGGUAUGGCCACAGGGUUCUCCCUCGCCUCAUCCCAGAGAAACAGUUUGAAGCUCUUCUGUCUAAACUUUCCAAAAACCCAGAAGGCAUCAAGCUGCUGAAUCGGUGGUUCUUAAAAGACAACAACGCUGUGCCACCGACCUAUGUCCUUCAGCCAAUCGCGGCUCACUUCCCCCACUACAGCGACCUCCGACCCGAGAGUGGGCCUCAGCACGACAACAGCGUCCUGUCCUGGCGUUACAUAGAGACUCAACUGCUGCAGCUUCUACGAUCUGCUGCUACUGACGCCGAGGCAGACGGAGACAUCACAGCCGAGCAGAAGCAGCUGUUCUACACUUCAGUCUUGGAGCAGGCGUUGGAGCACGGUUUACUGAGGAACAAUGACCAGAAAUCUGCCCUGCUCUUCCUCCGGGAGGUUCCUCGUCAGAGGGUGAGGGAUGGUCCCAAACGUCUCGCCAGGUACUUGGACGUGACUGCCGACGGACUGCUGGAUGCCGAAGCUCAGGGACUCCUCAUCGACCUAAAGUCUCGGCUCUACACCACCUCACAUAAGAUCCUAAACCUGCACUGUGUGGAGCUCAGCAAGGGCAACGUCGAGCCCAAACGCAAGGAGCAUGCUCAGUACUUGGACAGCCUCUGUGAGCAGUUUGUGUCACAGAUGAAAGCCUGGAUUGAAGCAGCAGUUGAUUCUCCAGCAGGACAAAAGCUGAGGAAAAUUAUGGGAAGCACAAAUGAGGCAAAUGAGGAAAUGUCAGACUGGGUAGUGGAGGAGGCUGGUCAGCAUCUCGCCAUGAGUGCAGGGCUGUGCGGAGGUGUCCACGGGAGGGAGGGUCUUCUAGGUAAACUCAGCCUUGCCAUGUGGGAGUCUACCAACCUCCGUCACAGCCCUCUGGUGGUUCACGGCGCGGCCGGGAUGGGGAAGACGGCUCUGUUGUGCAAACUGGCCCAGGAGAUGCGAGGUGUCCUGGACCCCCGGGCUGUGGUGGUGAUCAGGCUGCUUUCAGCUCAUCAUCCCCAGAGACCAGACAUUGACCACGUCCUGCGCAGCAUCUGCCUUCAGAUCGGCCUGACGUGUGGCUUAUCGCCACCUUUGGCACCGAUGGCGAACAGUCACGUGGAGCUGCUCAGGUUCUUCAGGAACGUCCUCACUGAGAUUUCCCAGCAGGGCAACACUCUGCUCAUCGUACUGGAUGCUGUGGAUCAGCUCUUGGACCAACAUCACGCCCACAAACUCCACUGGCUGCCCACCGACCUGCCGCCCAACAUCCACCUGGUGGUUUCCAUGGACACCGACAGUGAGGCGUUCGCUAACAUGAGGCUGAAGUCGGAGAGUUUGGAGAGCUUCUUCCUGGUGGAGCGCCUGUCUCAUGAUGACGGGAGACAGAUUGUAGAGACGAGACUGCGCGCAUCACAGCGGACGUUGACCCCGGAGCAGAGCGAAGCCGUGCUGCAGAGCUUCCAGUCCACCGGUUGUCCCCUUCACCUCAUGCUGAUGCUGUCUGUCGCCAGAUACUGGACCUCCUUCACCUCGCUCUCAGAACUUCACCUGGGCGCAAGCACGAAGGAGAUGAUGUCACAGCUCUUCCUAAUGCUGGAGGAGAAACAUGGGAAGGAGCUUGUUGGAGGAGCCUUGAGCUACGUCGCUUUGGCAAGGGAUGGGCUGCUCGAGGCUGAGCUGCGUGAUGUCAUGUCGUUGGACAAUGAUGUCAUCGGAGAAGUUUACAGGUACUCACUUCCCCCGACUCCGUCCUUGAUCCGACUUCCCCCGCUUCUCUGGGCUCGGCUCAGACGGGACCUGGAGGAGCAGCUGGAGGAGCGGUGGACGGGCGGGAUCGUCACCCUCACCUUUAACAACCGGCAUCUGUUCGAAGCCGUUUCAUCUCGGUAUCUGACAUCAGAGCGGCGGCAUCUGAGCCUCAGGAUUCUGUCCGAGUACUUUUUGGGUCGUUGGUCUGGGAAACUGAAGCCAGUGACUUUGCCGGGUCUUUCGCUGCUCCUCUCUGACAGAAAGGUCCCUCCUCAGCCGCUGUGGUUCGCUCCAGGCCUGGCUAACGUCAGGAAGCUCCAGGAGCUGCCACACCACCUGCUGCACGCUGGCCUCUGGGAGGAGCUCCGGCAGGAGGUGCUGGGCAGCGCUGACUGGUUGUACUGUAAGAGCAGAGUGUGUGGAGUGUCCAGCGUGAUCCAUGACCUGGACCAGUGCUCCCAGUACAUGGACUGCAUGGAGAGCGCACUAAUCCGAGACACUCUGGUCCUGAUGAAACCCAGUCUGGACUUUCUACACGGUCACAUGGACGCGUCUCUGUUCUACUCGGAGCUGCUGGCCCGGUUGGCCUCACUGGGCCCCAGCUUCCCCUCCGUCAUCGGCCGCCUCUGCAGCCAGUGUGAGGCCUGGUUACUGACAUGCCCGGAGCCAGUCCUGGUCCCUAAGUGUACUUUCCUGCAGCCACCAGGGGGGGCGCUGCAACACACCCUGACUGGACCACAGGCAGGUGUUCUCUGUAUGGACGUUAGUGUGGAGGCAGAGCUUCUGGUUGUGGGUUCAGAUGAUGGUGGCGUCACUGUCUGGAGCCUCAGAGACCAGCAUCUUCUACACUCUGCGCUGGGACACACAGAUGCAGUUCUGUUUGUGAAGGUGUUUGACAGCUCGUCUCACUGUGUCUCAUUGGCUACUGACGGAUCCCUGAGGAUCUGGAACCUGAAGACCGGCCAGCAGGUGCUUUGCAUCGAGCGGGCGGUGCCUGUAGACUCCGCCCCUGCUUCUGUUCACCUCCACCUGUGUGAACAGAGACGGCUGCUCUGCGUUUACACCCGGACUCAGGUGAUGAUGUGGACACUGGAUGGGGCUGAGGUCUACAGCAGCACCAGCGCUGAUGAAGGCUUGGUGGUUCUGGGGGUUCUGGAGGGUUCUGUGUUUUCUGUAGCAGCUUCAGGUGUGCUCAGAAUAACUCAACCUGUCAAGGGGACUGUAGAGACACAGCUGGAAAACCCUAAGAGGCGUCUGACAGUUGUGGGCUCGGUUUCUUUACCCAAACGAGGGAAAGUGUUGAUGGUGUCCCGUGAAGGAUUCAUCUUCCAGGUCUCCAUGAAGUCGCAGAGCGUCGCCCCGUUUCCUCUGGUUCCGUCUUUACUGUCCGUCACUGAAGAUGAAACAAUUCUCUUAGCAGGCAGCGAUGGUACUCUGAGCCUCUUCCACAUCGAUGGAGACUCCGUGGACGGAUUUCUGGAGCUCCACCACCACGACAACGUUUUGUCUGCCUGUGUCUCCUCCGACUGCAGACUCCUCGUCUCUGGAGCCGCCGACCAGCUCAUACGAGUCUGGUCUGUGACCACCGGUGCGCUGAUGGACACUCUGUGUGGUUCAUGCGCUCCCGUCACAUCUGUCCUUCUCUAUAAAUCCUUCGUGCUCUCGGCCUCAGCAGCUGCCGCCUCCGUCCGGAUGUGGAAUCUGAAAUAUGACGCCCAGCACAAACCUGCUGCUCACAUCCCGUCAGGCUGUGCACACGUGGCCAUGGACAGGGAGGCAGAUCGGGUUUUCUACGUCCGCCAGCCGGGUCAGACAGAGGUGAUGAUCUGGAACAGCCACACAGGCUCCGUGUCGGAGUGUCUGCCCGUCUCCGCUGAGGUUUCCUACCUGGACCUGGCUCAGACCAAGCGCCUGCUCCUCUGUGGCCUGAGCUCCGGCACCGUCCUCAUCUACCCGUUGGCCCUGCCCCAGGAGACGCUGUGCAUCCCCCCUCCAGAGAGCCUGUCCCGGGUGCUGUGCCUGGCCGUGGGCUCCCAGGAGAGGCAGCUGGCCGUGGCCUACGAGGACUCUGUGUGUCUGUUCGACAUCACCACCAGAGACAGCUUCCCCACGGUGGAGGGGCCCCUGCAGAAGCUGCCCCUGUCCCUCCUUCACGCGCCGCUGUCCUCCAUGGCACUGCUGCCCGACCGCAGGCUGCUGUACGGGACCAGCUGCGGCGAGGUGAGGCUCAGCGACUUCAGCAGCUGCAGCACCUCCGACCUGGAGCCUCAUCGCAGCAGAGUGACCAGCGUGACGGCCAGUCACGGGGGCAGUCACGCCCUCGUGGGCUCAGAGGACGCCGUGCAGAGGCUGUGGGCCCUGGACCCACUGGCACUGGACCAUACCAUGGAGUACAAGGGCUUCUUCUUCGAAGGUGUCCUCUCAGCCGCGUUCGCUGAAAGCGACCAGUACGUCUUCACCGGCUCCAAGGACCGAACCAUCAAAGUCUGGGACGUGGCUACAGGGAACCUCCUCUUCGUCCAGUACGUCUACUCCUCGGUGGUGAAGAUGCUGACCUUCAGGAACGGCUUUGUGGCCUUGUCUCAGCACGGCUCCAUCAUCAAGGAGGAGUUUCGCUGUCCGGAUCCCAUCAGUCCUGACUACAACCCUCUGAGGAACGUCAAGGCCCAGUACCGCGUCACCUCCAGGGAGAAGAACCGAGCCAGCCGGCAGAACUCCAUGUGCGACCUCCGGGACUUCAACCCAGCCCAGUUCAACCUAAACCUCAUGAACAUGCUCAGAACCAAGCCGUCGUCCACUUGCGUCUUACUGUAG